AUGCAACUCCGACCAGUUCCCGAUUCGGAAUCUGUCACACACUGGAGUGCAUUCCUCAAUGGAAUGUGGUUAGAUGACGCUGAUGAUUCCGGUCUACCACGCGUUAUAUUGGAUCACAAGCCUCCUCCGGAUCCGCACGAGAUCUUUUGUUUGCCCAUCGUGCUUUGCUUUGAUGGCGACGAGUGGGAACUUGAAUGUCUUAUCUUGGUUGCAAUUGAUGGCAAGAAGGACACUUUUGAGCGCUUUGGGAGAUUGACCAUCUCGGUUGAUGAAAUUUUGGCAGAUUAUCGCGGAUCUGAGCUUGGGGAUGAGAACAGCGAUUCUGAACUUGGAGAUGCGGACGGCCAUGUUGAAGUUCAGAGUAGGGAUAGCGCUUGGCAUCAUUUCAUACUCUCCUGGAGUAAGCACUACACCACUUAUUCCUCCAGCGAAGGUAAUGAUUCUCUGGACUUCAAGACGAUAGCUGUUCAGGGGGCUGUCGAGAUAUCGAUUGAGUAG